GUCAAACGAAUGUCAAAACUGACUGUGAGAUUCGUGAAUUGUUUGUUUUUACGAAAAAACACAUUAGAAAGUGCAAGCAAACAAUAUACAUUUAUUAUUCGAAGUCAGAAUAAUGCGGAAAUAUUAGGUUUAUUCAAUCAAAUCAAAGAUCUCAGGAGUCAUUGUGGCAUUCAUCGUUUAAAGUGGUUAGCCUUGAAGUAGAUGUCAUCUAUUACGAUAAAUGAGUGCUUGUUUAUUUUACAUUUAGUGAUAUUAGUUGUGAAUUCACGAUUAUAUGGCUUUGAUGGUUGACUUAUGUUUUGCGGCAAAUCGGAAGAGGCAUGUUUUUCCCACGGAAUCGGGAGAAGGGAGUAGGCUUAGUCGUCGUGAGUUGGAUCUGCCUGGCCGUGCUGUGCGCCGCGUCCUCGGCGCCCUGCGACAAGACGCGCAGGGUCUUCACCGAGCCCAGCGGCGUCAUCACCGACGGACCUACCGACUCUAACUACACUCAAGACUCCCAUUGUGAAUGGCUUAUCAAGGCAGCUAAUAAAAGCCAGUUCAUAACAUUGAGUUUUCUGCGUAUGGGCACAGAAUGUUCUUAUGACUAUGUCUUUGUGUAUGACGGAGACUCAUUCGAUGCACCAUUACUUGGAAGCUUUAGUGGAAAAACUGAACCUCAGAAUGUGACUGCCUCAAGUGGAUAUAUGUUAAUAUUGCUGUAUAGCGACACCAAUUAUGUUCUUGACGGUUUCCGAGCAACAUAUGCCAUACAUGACUGCCCCAACAACUGCACUGGCCACGGGUUGUGUGUGCAGCACAAGUGCUUCUGUUUUGGCACCCGCGGCGGGCAGGACUGCAGCUUGCAGCUCUGUCCUAAUAAAUGCUCAAAUAAUGGACAGUGCAAAGGAGAUAGAUGCUUGUGCAAGAAAGGUUUUUCCGGCGAGUCUUGUUCCUUGAAGAAGAACGACAAGGUCGGCAACAGUUGGCACUGGCUGUCUCGCUCGGAGAGCGGCAUGACACGCCGCGCGGCCCACUCCGCGGUAUACGUCAACCACACGGACUCUCUAUACGUAUUUGGAGGAUAUGAUCUGAAUAAAGUUUUAGGCUUAUUAGAAGUUUAUAAGUUCUCAACUAGUCAAUGGUAUGAUGAAAAUGGAAAAGUAUUACGUAGAUAUCCAACUAAUGAGGAAAUAGAUCAGUCAUUUUUGACUCUCUUUACAAAGGGCAAUACAGAUGGCAGCUGGCAGAUAGGCAAUAGGAGUUCUUUAUUCAAUUUACUUUUAUCCUCGGUAUCACACCAUGACAAAACCACAUUACCUCUAAUGUAUUCACAUUCACCAACACCUUAUUCCGAGAGUUAUUUACAUUUUACCGACAAGCCGGACUUUUCGAAUGCUAUUAUGAAGUCUAAUGAUACAAAACCCGAGCCGAGAUACGGGCACUCUGCCUGCGCUUUCUCUACUGGUUUUGUUUUGUAUGGUGGGAAGCUAUCGGACGGUAGUUUGUCUUCGGAGCUAUGGCUGUAUGAUGCGGAGACUAACAUAUGGACACUGAGAGCUGUGAAUUCUUCAUUCUUGCCUCCUGGAUUAACUAGACAUACUCUAACUGCUGUUAAAGAUGAACUGUAUCUUUUUGGAGGUAGUACGGUAGAUGGAGAAUUUUCUUCAAAUAUGUAUAAGAUAAAACUAAGCGAGCCAAAUACGGAGAGUUGGGAGAAGGUGCAGGUCCGCGGCGGCAAGGAGCUUGACGUGCGGGUAGUCGCGCACACAGCCGUCUAUCAUUCGUACUCUAACUCCAUCUUGGUGUAUGGAGGCGUUGUCGCUAGUGUGGCGAGAUUUUCAAAACUGACCGAUAGAAUGUUUGCGUUUGAUAUUGACAAUCGACAUUGGAGCGAAAUACACUAUCCCAGGGCGCAUUUAAGGGACACAUACGUACCGAGGGAGCGAGCAUUUCACACAUCGACAAUAAUCGGAAAUUACCUGGUAGUGUUCGGUGGUUACUCACACCGGCACAACAAAGAGGAGAUAUGCUACGACGGUCAGAUGUACCUGUACCACCUGGGCUGCCACGCGUGGAUCCCUCUGGAGGUCUUGGGCAGCCCUCGCGAGUUCUACCCUAAACGGCAGGGCGUAUUUGCACAUGCGGCAGCCUUGAAACAUCCUUCGACGUUGCUCAUCGCUGGGGGAUAUCAUGGGAAUGUCAAUGGUGAUCUGCUAGCAUACGUGGUGCCGAGCUGGCAGGCGGGCAUCAGCAAUAACGACCCCGAGUCAGCGUGCCCGCGGCAUCAGAGUCAGCCGGAGUGCCUCGCGGACCCCGAGUGUGGCUGGUGCUCUGCAGACGAUACUUGUUACGGCAGAACGAUCGGCUCAAACUGCACAACUAAUUUACAAUCCAUCCGCUGCGGCGGCAUCUGCCCAGCGCUGGGCGAGUGCCACUCGUGCCUCAUCCACGGCCCGCCGCCCGGCCGCGCGGGCUCCCGGGCCCCGCUGCCGUCCGUCAGCACCAAGCUGGGCCUGCACCAGUGCAGCUGGUGUGUGCAGAACGCGCGCUGCCACCACAAGGACGAUAACUACGGUGUUUGUGGCGAGGACACGCCUUCCCAAAACCCAGGCUGGUGGGGCACCACCGGCACCGAAGUGACGACCCCAGAGGAAUGCAAAGAUUUAGACAAGCGGCCCGGUCUAACGUUCCUCCGAUACCAGCAGCCGGCAGACUGGAACCAUCCCGAUGGGGUGUCGGUCGUCAACGCGACGACUGUCGACUGGGCCACCGGCGGGGGAAGCAAUCAUAUCUUUACUGGUUCAAGCGAAGCGCGACUGAGAGGUUGGCUGCGCAUUCCUCAGCACUGGAACGGAACGGGAGAGACCCUUCAUGUAUGCGCCGGCUAUUCGAAUAUAUCGCUCGCGCUCGGGCCCAAGACAGAAUCUAUAGCCAACUUAACGGCCCAGCCGUCUGCCUGUUCUAUCGUCGACUGGCCGUCGCUGUUCCCCGGCAGGCUCGCCGUCGACAUGCACGCUAAUGAUACGUUACAUACGGGACUAUAUCCUUCUCACCAUCAUGCGAAGAUGGAGUUGCUACAUAAUAAAACCACAGAAACUGCUAAGGUAUUUACAUUCGAGUUCCUGGAGCCGUACUCGGACGGACAGUGCCAGAACUACGACAAUUGCCUGCUGUGCCUCGCGGACGCGGCGUGCGGCUGGUGCGAGCUGACCAACAAGUGCGAGCCGCGCGCCGCCGACGAGCGCGCCGUGUGCGCCGCCGAGGCCGGCGCGUGGCGCUACCUCACGCUGCAGCCCGCCGCCUGCCCCAACUGCUCCAACUACAUCAGCUGCGAGCGCUGCGUCGCCGGCAACUACUGCGAGUGGUGGGCGGACGAGGCGCGCUGCGCCCGCCGCGGCCGCGCCGGCGGCGCCGUCGUGGAGCCCAGCGAGUGCCCCGCGCCCUGCCGCACGCGCCUCGCCUGCGAGCACUGCCUCGACGAGCGCGGCCGCUGCGUCUGGUGCGAGGCCACGCGCCAGUGCUUCAGCUUCAGCGUCUACACCAGCGAGUACCAGUUCGGGCUGUGUCGCGAGUGGCUCGACCGCGCCUCCUCCGCGCCCGCCGCCGACGACGGCGCGCGCAAGGCCGGCCAGUGCAAGUCCUGCCAGGCGCACACGCAGUGCUCCACCUGCCUCCGCUCCAUGGGCUGCGGCUGGUGCCACUCGCACGAGAACCCGAUCACGGGCGCGUGCACGGAGGGCGACUUCACGCGCGCGCACGCCGACUGCGCGUCGCUGCUCAACGUGUCGGCCGCCGACGCCGGCUGGGCCUACGCGCAGUGCCCCGACGUGGACGAGUGCGGCCUCAAGCUGCACGACUGCCACGAGCACGCCGUCUGCAACAACACGCACGGCUCCUACACGUGCAAGUGCAAGCAGGGCUACAGCGGCGACGGCCGCAAGAGCUGCGUGCAGACCUGCUACAACAACUGCAUCCACGGGUACUGCCUGGGGGCGCCGCACUACAAAUGCCACUGUGAUUUAGGCUGGACGGGCGCCGAUUGCUCCAUCAAUUGCGGCUGUCACAAUCAUUCGACGUGUCGCACCGGCGUCGGUCGCUGCGACGAGUGCCAGGACUGGACGGAGGGGAAGUUCUGCGAGUCGUGCAAGCCCGGCAGCCACGGCAACGCCACCACGGGCCAGGGCUGCCGCCGCUGCGACUGCAACGACCACGGCGACGAGACGCGCGGCUUCUGCGACGUCGCCACCGGCGAGUGCAUCUGCAAGGACAACACUGAAGGGCAGAACUGCGAGCGCUGCAAACCAAAGUUUUACGGCGAUCCCCGGCACGGCGGAAAAUGCUACUACCAAUGCGAGCCCAGGGGAAUGCUCAACGCGUCGCAGACUGAGGGUAUAGGUUCCUAUAAAAGCGACCCGGACAUUAAGAUCAUAGGCCCUUCGAAAGAGUGUCUAUGGAUUAUAUCGGCUGGGGACAUCAAAGAUGCGAUAAUUCAGUUUACUAUAAAUUCUUCUACGCUGAAUGUACCUUGUGAUGAAAACGCGGUAUACGUGUACGAUGGGCUUGGAGGCGUGCCAGAUAUGAGCAAUAACCAACAGAGUCAAUUGCUCGGAGUUUUCUGCAAUGGAGCAUCGUCAGGCAUCGUGGAAGCGCGCAGUGGGAACCUAACGGUCCAUUAUAAACAGGGGCAGGUGGAACAAGGAUUUGAAGGCGUCUACAAAUCGUUAGCGUGCGGUCUCUACUGCCCGUGGCCGAGAGUGUGCACCAAGGGUCACUGCGUCUGCCGCGAAGGUUUCGGUGGGCCCGAUUGUGAAGUGGACAUUUGUCGCAACAACUGCAGCAUGGCUCAUGACGCCGGAACAUGUGAUCCCAGCUACGGCCGCUGUCUCUGUAACGAAGGUUACGGCGGCGACGACUGUUCUAUUAAACUCGACAAAACGCAACUCGUGUUUACGGAGCUUUUCAAUUCUGAAUACUUAUCCGACGGAUUAGAUCAUCUUAGAAAGACUUUGCCCAGAUUCGGGCACAGUUUAGUAGCAGACAGACGAGGGCUGUGGAUGUUUGGAGGAUACUCGCUGUCGCACGGACCGCUGAACGAUAUUAGAUUUUUUGAUACAAAGAAUAACACUUGGAUGCAAGUUACCGUCGAGGCGACCCCUGAUGCUAAAAUGCCUGAAGGGCGUUACUUCCACGCAUCUGAAAUUUAUCAUUCAAAACAGAACAUUUAUAUCUACGGUGGACUUAGUUUACAAGAAAAGAACGGUCAGAAUAAGACAUUAGGAGAUUUCUGGCAGUUCAGCUUAAAAGACCAGAGAUGGAAUAUCAUUAACAACAAAGAGAAACAACCGCCUCCGCUCGCAGGCCACACCCUGACGCUUCAGAAGUACCAAGAUUACGAAAGUCUGGUGCUUAUCGGUGGAUUCUCUUUAGAGGAGGGGAUGAUGGCCGAUAUCUGGGAAUUCGAUCUUGACAAUGAUAAGUGGAUAAAAUUGAAUUGCGCGGGUUCUAAGCCGACCGGUAUCAUAGGACACAGCACAGUGUACCACGCGCCGUCGCAGAGCUUGUACGUUUACGGGGGGAUAUUGUAUUCUUACAACGGGACAUCGCUUUCUAACAAACUGUUUGCGCUCCACUACCCGACUAAGAAAUGGAGUGAGCUGCCGAACUUCCCCCGCCGGAACCAUUACCAAGACCUGCCGCAGCCGGCGUACCUGCACUCGGCCGUGACAACCAACGAGUACAUGGUAGUGUUUGGCGGUCGCAGCGACCCUGAUCACAGAUCUGACUCCCUCAUCGCCUACAUCUAUAGUUGUAACCAGUGGGUCAGGCUUGUCAAAGGUAUCAGUAUCGUCGGCCACCCUCCACCGCCGACGAUAGCCCACGCGAUGGCCAUCGACAUGGAAUCCGAGAACGACGGCUACAUCUACAUCAUCGGCGGCUGGACCGGCAGCGCACACUGCCAAGUCACCCGCAUAUCCCUCCCCGAGGACCUCUGCUCCCUCUGGAGCGCGAGCAAGCUGGAAUGCCGCAGCCAUAUGGGCUGCAGCUUUUGUAGUUCCGGAAACUACACUAAAUGCUUCUCUGUGAACAAGCCCGGGUGCGAGAGCAGUGAUAGGGUGUCGACGAAUUCUGGGGAAGCGUGCGAUAUGGAGCUUGUUGCAAGGCGCGCCUGCGAGAACUAUACUACAUGCGCGUCCUGCCUGGCCGCUUGGCCGCUGUAUCCUGAAGAGAAACCGGCGUGCCGGUGGUGCGAAUCCUGUGCCGCUGCUGUUGGUGAAUGUGUUCCUACGGACGAGUCGUGUACCAGUAUAAAGUGCAAUGCUGGGACCACCUACAUCAGCGACGUCGGCCAGUGUCCGGAGCACAGAUGCGUCGCGUCCGACUGCGAGAAAUGCGUCAAUAACCAGUGCACAUGGACGCGCCACGCUAGCAGAGAAGGACAAAUGACAAGAAUUUCAGAGGAACCGACUGAGCUGUUCAACUGGACUUGCGCCGCAAUAGAAGAGCAAGGUCGCACCAGCAUCCGCCCAAGAACUAAAGAAGAAUGCCCCAGCCGCUGUCAUACAUACACCGACUGCCAAUCCUGUCUGAGCUCCGACGGCGCUGAAGGCGGCUUCGCGGAAUGCCACUGGGCGACAUACUUGGGGAAAUGCAUCUCGCCUGCAUACCAACCAGUAUACUGCGCGGGCGGUGUCUGCGGGCUCGUUCUAACCAAGGCCGAUAAAAACAAAUGCCCAGCGCCUUGCGAUACAUUCGAGCAGUGCACGGAGUGUCUCCACCAUUCGCACUGCGGCUGGUGUGCGAUAGAGGGCGCCAACGGCGAAGGGGUGUGCACGGAGGGCUCGAUAGACUCGCCGCUCGAGUACUCGACGCGGACGUCGUGCGCGGCGGUCUACACGAGCGCGCAUCAGUUGAACGAGACCAUCGACACGUUCUCCUGGCACUACACACGUUGUCCGCCUGAAAAUGAGUGCGAGAAUAAUCAUCACCAGUGUAAAGCAGAUUCUGAGGUGUGCCGCGAUCUACCAGCGGGCUACGUAUGCGAGUGCGGCGCGGGCCACAAGCGCGGCCCCGACGGCUGCACGGCGGUGUGCGCGCAGGGCUGCGUGCGCGGCGCGUGCGUGCAGCCCGACGUGUGCCGCUGCGACUUCGGCUACGUCGGCGCCAACUGCACCAUCCAGUGCCAGUGCAACGGGCACGCGCACUGCGAGGGGCCCGACAAGCUCGACAAGUGUAUCGAGUGCCACAACAACACCAUGGGCAACCAAUGCGAGAAAUGCAAGCCGAACUUCGUCGGCGAUCCGACCGACAACGGGCAGUGCAUCCCUUGCUCGGUGUACUGCCACGGGCACACCAGCAUCUGCACGAGCGAGGAGCGCGACACCAGCGACUUGGACGAGUACUACCAGAGUGCGAAGGCGCGCUGCGUGCGGUGCGCGAACAAUACGGAUGGGCCGCGCUGCGAACGCUGUAUAGAGGGAUAUUUUAGAGGAUCGGAGAACCUUAGCGAUCCUUGCCGGCCUUGCGAAUGCCACGGUCACGGCGACACUUGCGACCCGGUAACUGGCGAGAAAUGCAACUGUGGCAACAACACGGAGAGCGACGCGUCCUGCCAGACGGCCAGCUCCAGCAAGAACUCGGCGCAGGAGUGCUGGCGCUACCAGUGCGUCAAGUGCCGCGACCUGUAUAUGGGCGACCCGCGCAACGGACACCAGUGCUACAAGACCAUCAACAUUGAAAAUAAACUGUGCUUCGAUGGCAAGUCUAUUGAUGAAUGCAAAAUUAAGCCGCGUCCGCUAUACCCCGGUCAGACGGUAUUCGUAGCCGUAAAUCCAAGAUACAUGAACGUAGACAUACGAGUGGUCGUGGACGUAACGCAGGGCGCCGUCGACCUCUACCUGAGCCCCAACGACAGUUCAUUCGUCGUCUCCGUGAACGGCACGCACGGCGCCCACGUUGUCGAGAUCGACCCGGCGUAUUACAAGCACGAACCGUACCGCAAAAUGCCGACCUUCGACGACAACGUCGAAGAAUCGCCGCGCAUGACGUGGCAUUAUGAGAAGACCGAGUACACGCUAGCGGAUUACAAGGCGAAGGAUCUCGCAACUUACAUAACUGUUGACAAGAAGAAUAUCUUGUUGCGCGUGCGUGAACUGCGCAACCGACUCGUUUUGACGCUUCCUGAAAAAUUCCACGAACUUGGACACACUAAAUUCUACAUGAUAAUCCGCGCGCGUCACUCUGAGGACGGCGCCGCUAGCUUCGGCCUGGUGUUCUUCAGACAAGACCAGCUGCACAUAGAUCUGUUCGUGUUCUUCUCGGUGUUCUUUUCGUGCUUCUUUCUGUUCCUGGCGGCGUGCGUGGUCGCGUGGAAGGCGAAGCAGGCCGCGGACGUGCGGCGGGCAAGGAGGCGACAUGUCGUUGAGAUGCUGCACAUGGCGAAGCGUCCGUUCGCGGCCGUGACGGUGGUGCUGCACGGCGCGGGCGCGGGCGCGGGCAAGCGGCGGCGCGCGCCCGACCUGCGCCCCGUCGCCAUCGAGCCCACCGGCGACGGCCGCGCCGCCGUCACCUCCGUGCUCGUCAGGUUGCCGGGCGGGUGCAGCGCCCCGGUGCGGCUGGCGCUGGCGUCGUCGCUGGUGCUGGUGGCGCGCGCGCCGGCCCCGCGCGCGCGCCGCGCCCGCCCGCCGCCGCGCCACACCUAGCCCUGGCCCGCGCGCCCGUACGUCUCCACCCUGUAGCCGUGCGGGCCCCACGUGUCCACACC